UGGAGGUGGGUGCCUACUUUGCAUAUUCGCAUAUUCAUAAAUGCAUAAAAAUAGGUAAGAGCGGGUGGUAGACUCUGUCCGCCACGACGCAAAAAGUGAGGCUUGGCAAGGCGUGGGAGGAUUCAGAAGAGCUGCCUCCCCUUUGCGCCGAGGUCCUGUUCGCUGGACACAUUUAAUCAGCUGAAGUAAAGACUUGGCAGAUGGCAAAAUAUGCUUAACUUGAUUAGCAUUAAGCCUUCUUCUUUGUUUCGUGGCUUAGUGGGUGCCGCGAACCCAGAACUCGCUUGUGUUUAGUGUGUUGUGUGGAAAGAGGUUAACCUAGGAACCGUGUUUUGCAAACGGAAUCAUAAAAUCUUAAUUGUAAACUUGUAUCCAGAGAGGUCUCCUGCAAGUAACAGUAUUUCUACUGUAAUGCAACAAAUAAUAAUUGAUAAUAAAUUACCAUAAAAUUAUUCUUUAUAAACUGCCUUGCCUGCAAGAAUCUACAUAGAUGUCACUUUAUUUUCUGGAAAUACUUUUCAAAUAAUUUCAUCCACAAUCUUUUAAUAAGUAAAAGCAUUUCUACAAUAUUAUUAAUCUGCUAUUAAGAACAUAUUAAAGUACAGGGAACUUAACAAAAGUUAACGCUAAUCAAGCUUAAUAUUUUGUGCAAAUACAGCUAUAGCGCUUUAAAAGAUGGGGGGAGUUAUACUGUAGCAUUAUUUCAGUGGAUUCCUGCAUUAGGUAGAGGGAUGGACUAGAUGAUCACUAAUGUCCCUUUCAACCCUUAUCUUCCCUAAGUCUAUAAAGCCAUUCUACUCCCCAAAAUCUUAAAUAUAUACUAUAUGUUUGCAGGAGUAGAGGAAUACAGUUUGUGUAUUUUGAGGCGGCAUUCCGGUAUUGCCUAUCUUGAUUGUGUGUUUUGAAGGAUUCAGAUCAAAUUCUUUUGCAGCCCUAUGGGAAGAAGUGGGUUUGAAUUUGACAGAGUGCUGGCUUAUUGCCAACACUGCCAUUUACUUCCAGGUAGGAGUUUACUGUAAGAUUGUAACCUUCUGUUUUGAUUUAUCUAAUCUCUAAGACUACAUUACUAUAUACCUAUACAUAUGAAUAUCUUUUUCUGUCAUUUCUAAGGGCCAGCAAUAUAUCGUACUGCUUUAUAGAGUUUUAUAGGCAAAAGGAGCGGUCCAUAUCUGCUAAGAGUUUACUAUCUGAAAUAGGCAAUGAGGAAGCAAUAUUGAGUGGGGAAUAUUAAGAGUAUUCAGCAUGUGCAUUAAAGAAACCAGCUGAGGGACACCAUCAAAAAUGGACUUGAAACAAAGAAGCAGCUCCCAGUGGCAGGAAAUAUCUGAGUACCUUUUAAAAGCUAGAAGAACAGGAGCCCCUCUCUUCAUGGUAUAGGGGGUGCACAAGCGUGUGCCUGGAACGUCUCAGAUCAGUCCAACACAAUGCAGAUGAGAGCUCCAUUUGAGAAGUAUGGAUUUCAAUAGCUUGACUUUCAUCAUGAGUUCCGAGUUAAAUGUCCCCGUAGACCCUCCUCCUUCAGCCUGCUGUGCUGAGCCCACUGGCAAGGGCAUGGAUUACCGGGACUGGGUCCGUCGUAGUUAUCUGGAGCUGGUCACCUCCAAUCAUCACUCCGUUCAGGCCCUUUCAUGGAGGAAAUUAUACCUGAGCCGAGCCAAGUUGAAAGCUUCCAGCCGGACCUCCGCCCUCCUCUCUGGAUUUGCCAUGGUGGCAAUGGUUGAAGUCCAGCUUGAGAUGCAGUAUCAAUAUCCCCAAAUGCUGCUGAUUGCCUUUAGUGCUUGUACCACCAUUUUAGUUGCUGUCCAUCUCUUUGCUCUACUUAUCAGCACUUGCAUCUUGCCUAAUGUGGAAGCAGUGAGUAACAUCCACAACCUGAACUCCAUCAGUGAAUCUCCCCAUGAACGUAUGCAUCUAUAUAUAGAGUUGGCAUGGGGUUUUUCCACUGUUUUGGGCAUCCUUCUCUUUCUUGCUGAGGUUGUCCUCCUAUGCUGGAUCAAAUUUCUGCCAGUGGACUCCAUGAUGAGAAAUGAUAGUACUGUUAUCCAGAAGACCAGCCAGCACACAGGCUGGCAUGCAGCCCUCAUCUCUACUAUAAUUAUGGUUCCUGUGGGGAUCAUCUUUGUUGUCUUCACAAUCCAUUUCUACCGGUCACUUGUCCGCCACAAAACAGAACGCCACAACCGAGAGAUUGAAGAGCUCCACAAACUGAAAGUGCAGCUAGAUGGGCAUGACAGGGGUUUGCAAGUUGUGUGACAAAUGGAUGCCUUUUUGUUCCUACACUCAUGUCCAGCUGAGGGGUUUUUUAGAAACAGCAGAAGAAAGGCUUGAUAGGCUGUUUAGAGUCCUAUCCUUCUCUGAUGACAAAUAUUUGGCUGCUUUUCAUUGAGGCCCAGAUCAACUUCUCUUUGUUUGUCAUACUACAGCCAACAUAACCAUGUUUAUAAAAUUGAAGGCUACUUACAUCUGGGCAGUUAUUCUUUCUACUUCCAUAACUUGAAAAUACUCUAUAAUAUAGCUGGAUGAUUGUGGUGCAUUUUAAUUUAAUUUAAUUGCUGCUAGUUUUAGUAUUUUUUGAGCAAAUGCAUGGAAUCAGGGAAGACUGUCACUGCUUCCUUACAGGCAAGUUUUACAAGCAUUACUUUGGAAAUGAGUUUGUACAUCACAACAUGCAAAUAGAUUCUACGGUAUGGAAAUUGUAAAAUGUGUCUACUUUGCAAUUUCAUACAGAGGAAAUUUUUCUACCUGACAAAAAUAGAUUCAGUUUGAGCCAAGAACUUUUCCUCUGCAAGCUUUUUUUUCUUUGUUUAUUAUUUCAUAUUGCUUCUGUAUGAUAUUUUUUUCCCAUUGAAAAAAAGGAAAAACAGCCCUUAGCCCAGAAAUCUCCAUGUUUUUGGUUAAUGAGAAUUUUUUGGAAAGUACGGCAGUACUUUUCCUUCUAAAUGCUAAUUAUAAAAGAAAGAUCUUUGAUUGCACAACAGAGUUGUGUGUGUAAGGUUAUAAUUUAAAAACAUCACACAAUUUGUGUGGAGACACAAUUUGUUACACUGCAGAAGGCAUCCAAGCUGAUACCAUUCUCCAGUAACAAAAGACAGCUGGAAUGUGAAGUACAAAUUCUGAUUGAUGCACAAAGUUAUUUUAUGAUGUAGAAAUACUGUACUAGUGACAAGGUGUAACUAGUACUUGGAAAAGGCCUUUUCACGAGUCCAAGAAUCUUUGUUCAAAGCACAGUUCUAUAUGUUCAAAGAAUUCUAGCUAAGUGAAAUGUGGAUGAUUUCAUUUAGCUAUUUUCAGUCUGAGAAAAUUAAAUUUUAUCCUAUGCAUUCUAAUUUAAUAAUGAGUUGAUCCUAUAAGUAAACAGACAGCUUUCAAAACAUGUGCCCAACUAUUCAGAUGAGACAAUGUCCUAUUUCACACAUCUUACAGUAUUUAUAAUCAAUUAUUGUAUGUUGAAUAUAAGAGGAUAAUUGUAUGAUGAAUUACAAAUACAUUUCCUCAAAUUUUUUUCUUAUGCAAAAUAGAGAUACUUUGAAAAGGAAAAAUAGAAUAUAAUCGUAGAAUAUAAUCCUUCCUGGCAAAUUGUUCAAAGGUAAUAUGUACCUAAUUGUAUGCUUCAUCCCUUAUUUUCAGUGGUUUGCCUACUGGAUAUAUUAAUUUUAGUAUAAUUAAUAUAUUUACAUUGUACAUGCAUUUUCUGCAAAAGACAUACUAGUUGCGAAGCUACAUAAAAUGCCAUUUAUUGAAUACUUCAAAACAACUCUUGUAUUUUUUUUUAAAUAAGUCAUUAAUGAUUUAAAUAAUAUGUGCAUUUGAGAUGGUAUGAGUAUUUGAGUGUCUUCAAAUUAGGCCUAAAUCACAAGUCUGAUAUAUAGCUGGUAAUUGAGACUCUCUGAAAAUUCCAGUAUAACAAAUAGAUUAUGUGCAGUAUUUACAUAGCAAUAGAAGAGCCAUAUACACCUGUUUAAAAAAAAAAGUUCCUCAGAAGCAGUUGAUUGGAUCCGGAUUUAGUUUCACUUUAGUUUUGUUACAAUAAUUGGGACAAGUUAGCCACAAUUGCAAAAUUUAGGAUUAAAUUGAAUAAAGUAGGGAAAAACACUAGGCUACUCAGGUAUGAACUAAAUCAUAUCCCUGAUGAAUAUAUAGUAGAGGUGACAAAUAGAUUUAAGGAAUUAGAUCUGACAGAGUGCCUGA